AAGAAGAGAUUGCUUAUUAGUCUUUGGUGGGGUUGACUUUGAAUGAAGGAACACACCAUAGGAAAGAAAAAGAAAAACGAACACCUCCAGAGGCCAAAAAGAGCAACAGAGUCGAUCUGCCUGCCUCUGUGCCUGCUGUUUUUUGCCCCUUUCCUUUCUUCUCCUUCAUCCCUCCCUGGCCUUCCGUACCCUUCCCCAACAAAAUUUCCUGUCUCAACCAAACCAACUUCUGCACAAAAUAGUACUACCCACCAACUGCUACCAAAACUUAACACAAUCCCCAUAUACAAGAAAGAAAGGGGGAAAAAUACAAGGGGGAAAAAGAAAAAAGACACCCAGAUUCGAUCAAGUUCUUCUUAACACAACCCUGCCCAAGUUCUUCUUCUCCUCCUUCUGCUGUGUCUCUUAGCUUACCACUCAGAUUCGAUCAAAGUAAGGAUCUUUCUCUCUUUCUCUCUGUCUGUUGCUAAUUGAGCCAUCACUUUCUUUAACUAGCUCUCACUUUCAUUCUCUCUCUCUCUCUCUAUCCAUCUCUCUCUCUCUAGACCUGUCUCUGUUGCUUUCCCUUAUCGUUUCUCUGAUAUCAUCAAAUCGAUCUUGCCUUCAAAGUUCAAGCCAUUCUUUUUUUAUUUCCUUGUUGCUAGUUAGGUUUGUUUGUAUAGCUCUUACUUCCUUGCUGGAUCACUUUUGACUUUUUUCGUAUCUCUUCUGGUUUGUUUGAAUGUGUAUGGAAGUUCCCACCUUUGGAAUUGUGGAUUCGCUGCUUUGCUUGUGUUGAUCAGAUAUGGAUUCUUGCUUCUACUUGGCUUUUUGUCAAUAGGUUGAUCUGAAUCUGGGGAAAGGAUCGAGUCUUUGUUUAGUUUACAUAUGCUGAUGGGCAACUAGAAGUGAGCUCGUGGGUUUUAAUGAGUUUGGUUCCCAUCUUGAUAUUUGUUUCUCUUGGUAGAUUUAUCUCUCUUGUUGUAUCUCAUUUGGGUUAAGAUUGAACUGCAUAAUCUGUUAUUGUUCUUAUUCUGUUUGGAAAGAUAAUUUCAGUUUCCUCAAGAGUUUGAUUUCUUGAUUUUUGGCAGUUGCUAAGUAUGGAGAAACCCUCAAAUAUGUCGUUUCGAAAUGCGGCAUAGAGUUCCUUGGAGAGAUGGGGUGUGUUCUUGGGAGAGAGGUUUCAUCUAGCGUAGUGUCAGAGUCCAAAGAGGCUGCUGCUAAGAACAACUUGAGUGCUCAAUCUAGCAGAAACUUGGAAGAAAAUAGUAAUGUCUCGGUGGCAAAGACCGAAAGUAAUGUCACCAUUGAGACAUCUCAAAAUGAGGAGAGCCAGAAGGAGGAUAAUAAAGUUGGUGGUGGCGAUAAUAAGAAGCCCAAAGGGGAGAGCAGGAGGAGGUCAAAACCGAAUCCUAGGUUGAGUAACCCGCCUAAGCAUUUGCACGGCGAGCAGGUGGCUGCUGGUUGGCCGCCUUGGUUGUCAGCAGUGUGUGGAGAGGCGCUCAAUGGUUGGAUACCGCGGCGUGCUGAUACUUUUGAGAAGAUCGAUAAGAUUGGUUCAGGAACAUAUAGCAAUGUGUAUAAAGCUAGAGACCUAUUGACUGGGAAAGUCGUCGCCCUAAAAAAGGUUCGUUUUGAUAAUUUGGAACCCGAGAGCGUGAAAUUCAUGGCUCGUGAGAUUCUGAUUCUUCGAAGGCUGGAUCACACGAACGUGGUGAAAUUGGAAGGUUUGGUUACUUCGAGAAUGUCAUGUAGUCUCUACCUGGUCUUUGAGUAUAUGGAUCAUGAUUUAGCUGGACUAGCAGCAAGCCCGGAUGUGAAGUUCACUGAACCACAGGUUAAAUGCUACAUGCACCAACUAUUAUCUGGGCUUGAGCACUGUCAUAAACGUGGGGUGCUUCAUCGGGAUAUCAAAGGAUCAAAUCUUUUGAUAGAUAAUGAAGGAGUGCUUCGGAUUGCUGAUUUUGGAUUGGCGAGCUUCUUUGAUCCCAACCGUAAGCAUCCUAUGACAAGCAGAGUGGUCACACUAUGGUAUCGGCCUCCUGAGCUUCUCCUUGGGGCUACUGAUUAUGGUGUGGGUGUCGACCUCUGGAGUGCAGGUUGUAUAUUAGCUGAGCUUUUGGCUGGAAAACCCAUUAUGCCGGGUCGUACUGAGGUAGAGCAGCUACAUAAGAUAUACAAGCUGUGUGGCUCGCCUUCAGAUGAAUACUGGAAAAAAUCAAAGCUGCCAAAUGCAACCUUAUUUAAACCCCGCGAGCCUUACAGAAGAUCUAUACGUGAGACGUUUAAAGAUUUCCCACCGUCUUCUUUCCCCCUUAUUGAAACCCUCCUCGCCAUAGACCCAGCAGAACGCCAGACAGCCACAGCUGCCUUAAAAAGUGAAUUCUUUAUGACCGAACCUUAUGCUUGCGAACCUUCCAGUCUCCCCAAGUAUCCCCCGAGUAAGGAGAUUGAUGCAAAGCGACGUGAUGAUGAAGCUCGAAGAUUACGAGCUGCUGCUAAGGCCCAAGGUGACUCCACAAGGAAGCCACGGAUUCGUGAUAGGGCUGCCAGGGGAGGAGUGCCUGCUCCAGAAGCCAAUGCCGAACUUCAAUCCAAUAUUGACAGGAGGCGUCUAAUAACUCAUGCGAAUGCAAAGAGCAAGAGCGAGAAGUUCCCUCCCCCUCACCAGGAUGGUGCGGUCGGCUAUCCUUUGGGAGCAUCCCAUCACAUCGACCCAUCGGUUGUCCCUCCCGACAUCCCCUUCAGCACCACAACAUUCAAUUACUCAAAGGAACCAGUUCAAACCUGGUCAGGACCAUUGGGAGAGCCCACUGGCACAGGCAGUCAUAGGCAUAAGAAGCAUGGGGAUGGACGAGAAUUUUCAAAGUUCGGAACAAGUCACCGGAGAGACAUGAAUGGAGAUACUAGGUCAAAAGCAAAGAGGAGCGUGGUUUGAAUAUCAAGCUAAUUGAAUGGUGCAUAGGCGUGCAUAGGCAAUUUGAUCGGCGUACAUGGAAUGGAAGAGUCCCUUUUUGUUAGCUUUGGCUUUCUUCACAGUUACUUGCAAGGCAAGCAAAAAUUGGGGUUGGUUGAAAGUUUAUUAUUCUGGAAAAGUCAAAUUAGUAUACUUGUUUUCUUCUUUUUGCAAAUUCUAAGGGGGUGGGGUUCUUUUUUAGGGUUACUUGCCUACUACUUGAGAUUGUGUUUGCAAAUUGGGGUUGUUUUUUUUUUUUUGCUUUUUUUUUUUAAUGUGUUUGAGAUUAUGAGAAACUUCCAUUAUUGUGUAUAAUUUGAUAAUUUUUUCUAGGGUCAUAAUUCUCUGAUUUGGUACCAAAUUUAUAUGUUGAGAUUAGUAAAAAGAUAUCAAUAAAUUACAAGUACUCCCUUUUGUAUCCUUAGCUCAUGAUUGUAUUUGCUAAUUGCUCCAUUUCACUUUAUCAUUAGUUAGUCACCGCACUUUUCCUCUCACUUAAUCAGCUCGAGCCCUGGAUCCAGCUUGUAUCAAGAUUUGCAUAAAGUUGGCUCAAAAUCGACUGAUAAUUAGUAUAUAUAUAGUCAUCUUCGAAGCACUAAUUUUUUUGGACGUGUGUUUUGCACAUGCACUAAUAAUCGUGAUUCACGUUAAAUCGAUUUCAUUGGUUAUUUGCGAUCUCACGUCAAAUCGAUUUCAUUUGUUAUUUGUGAUAUAAGGGACAAGAAAGCAUAUAAAUUUUCACAAAAAAUCAUUAAAGAUUUAUAUUAAUUUGGAGAGUUUAGGAGUUUUGUGAUUAGGGAUAGGGUUUACAAUAUAUAAUUUAGGGUUAGAGUUUAGAAUUGAAGGCCUAGUGCUUAGCAUAAUACAUUAAUUAGUUGUGGUCUUGUGUUAUACAGUCAUAGACUAACAAUUUCAAUUAAAAUUCAAAAUUUGAUGUCCUAGAGCUAAUUUUAGUAUUGCGUGCAUAAUAAACAAUCAUUUUUACAAGUGUGCCGCAGAAGUCAUCAUAUAUAUUACACUAUUGUUUAAUAGUAUCCGACACGAUUAGUGUGGAUGGUAACGGGUCGGAGCUAGGCUGGAUAAUGCAAAUCCAUUACCCUACAAAAAAGAGUUUUGAGUUUUACCCAUAUGCAUCAAGAAUCGAGUAGAAUUUUAAAACCUUACUCAUACUCAAUUGAGUUCGCGUAAUAAUAAUUUUCGUUAUAACUUCAACCAACAUGUUAAGGAUUACACAUAUAUCAUUGGAAAAUUAAAAUAAUAAAUUAAUAAAAUGAGGAAAAUGAGUUAAAAAUAAUAUAAUUUCAUGAAAAUAUUAGGGUAAUGACUAUUUAUUAGCCAAAUCUUUUUCAGAUUCUUUUUUAUUAGCCAUACCUAUCGAAAUACUAAGAAUUAGCCAAAUGUUAACUUUCAGUUAACAAUUUUGUUAGUAAUAUUGAUUUGGCAACAUGAUACUAACUUAGAAGAGACACAUGAAGGUCAACAUUCCAAAAUUUUAGUAUUUUAACUAAGAAAAGAGUUACAAAAUUAGCGACAAUAACGUUAAAAUGUCUAA